CCAUUCCAAAUGUAUAAUGGGUGGCACUCGUUGCACUUUUCGAGAUUGCAAAGUCUCUUCAAACCGGAAUCCAUCGAUGCACUUCUUCAAGUUUCCCGUACGCGACCCGCGACAAUUGGAAAAAUGGCUAAAAAUUUGCGCCAAUGAAGAGAUUUUAAAAGUAUCUCAGCUUAAGCUGGCCAAUCGUGCUGUGUGUGCACGUCAUUUUCGCAUUGAAUGCUUCAUGAACUAUAAAAUGGACCGGCUUAUUGCCAAGCAGACGCCGACGUUGAUGCGAGUGAACAAGGAUCUCGCGUGGGACUUUGAAUCUAUCGACGAGAACGGCGAGGCGAUGCUUGUGAAAUUGCCUUCUCCCACCUCCGCACAUCUUAAACCACCAGAGGGAUUUGAGUGUCCUCUUGGAUUUGAUACCGAUGCUAUAGAAGGUGAAAUUAGCUUGGAGCGAUUGGUAUAUAAGCGACCCUCUUCAAGCUUGCCAGAGAAGGCAUUCAAAAGGCGGAAAUUGAAUUUGACUAAGGUACAGCAGGAGCAGGAGCAGGAGCAGCAUCAAACCAAUACUAAAAUGUCACCAAGAAUGAUCGACUUUCCUCGCAAUGCAUUGCAGAAGCAAAAAGCGGAGAUUUGCAAGCCAAUUAUAAGUAAAAUCAGUGCACGCCCAACAAUUCAGGAACCCUCGAUUCGCUCAGGGCAAAGUCAGGAAAUGGCUAUACGAGAAGAAGAACCUUCCGUUCCUGAAUCAGAUAUCGAAACGCUACCAACUGCAGAGGAAUGCCAACUCCAGCUGGAAUAUAAUAAGCUAAAGUUGGAGUUUGAAAAGCUUUCGGAGCAGAAUGUCCAAUUAAAGCAACUGCAGGCGUCCAUACCAUCUACCAGUAGAGCUCCUCCGUCCAGCACUUUGACAAGCAUGACCAAGCCGCAGCUAUACAAUGGCAUAAAGAAAUAUCUGGGGCCCACUGUGGCCGCUCUGGUGCGCAUGGAAAUGUUCGGUGGUGCCGAGGAUCGUAACUGGAAAGAUGACGAGCGGCGCUUCGUCGUAGAACUGCUGCAGCUGGGCGAAAGUAUCUACGAGCAUUGCUGCGAGGAGUGGCGUUUUCGAUUGCCCUCGCUGCGGAUUGCACGUUCCUGGCUUGAUAGCAAAGAACCGGAAAAUGUCGAUCACUCGCUCGAGUUGUAGCCGUAUUAAGCGUAUAAUCCUUUUAUUUUACCAUUAAUAACUAUAAAAUUAAUUACUAGAC